AUGAGUCAGCACAAGCAGCACCAAGAGCAGGAGGAGUACCAGGACCAUGAUCUAAUGGAUUCUGUUUCUGCAGGCGACGCUCAUACAAUCUCUCCCACCCCCGCGUCGCCGCCGCGCCGCGAUCCCAUGGAAGACGCCGACUCUUCCUUGACCCGCAAACGACCACGACUGGACACCGGAAGUCCUGACAAUCGGACCAUGGCCUCGGAUUCCACGUCGACAAGCAGUCGCAGCGUCGCACACCCUACCGAGCAACCGCUUGAAAUGACUAUCCGCUCACAACCUCCGUCCGCCUCUAUACACUCCGAUGGGGCCUUCGAACAAGUUGAUGCCACAGAAUCAAUGGGCAGCAUGGAACCCGCAGCGGACGCACCUGGUGGCACACCUGUCGAGAACCAGCUAGAUGGUGGAAACGACACGGUAGAGGGCAGUCCGCCUGUCGUCGUAGUGCCAGACGAUGAUGAGCAACUCUAUGGGAGCAUCCUACUAGACCAGGAUGAAGAAGAAUACUUCUCCAGGUUUCCUUUUGCAAGCCAUGGCUUUCAAGGUGGGCAUAUGGGCGCUCUGCGCCAGAUGGGGCAACAUUUCCAACAAGCGCCAGAUGUUGAUGGAACAGUCCUGCCUCAAGUUUCGGUGUGGCUAGACAAUCUCCCCACCUCACCUUCGCAUUGGAAGAAUUACUAUGUCGACAAGCUACUUUUCUGGGACGAGUUCGCUGCGUUCGUGAACAAAGUCCUGCUCCGAAGACAUCCUUUCGGAGACGCUUUCUGUGAUGAUGAUCAAUCCGAAGAAGUGGUGUUUUACACAUUCUUCCGCAGCUAUAUAAGGCUAUGCUGCCGUCUCCUGCAAGUUGACGCUGCCAUGUUAUCGAUUGGCACGUACGAAGAUGUGUACGACCAGCAUACGCUCAGUUGGAAGCACUUACGGCACCUCAACACCGUAUUCCGGCACGAAAAGAGCAAUGUCUUUCAUCUGUUGUCGAAGGACUACAGAGCAAACAUUCAAGACAUGGGCAAUCGUUUGAUCAAUGACUUCCUCGAUCCUGCUUCUAAUGGUGCCCGGUACUUGUUCGAGCUCGCCGAGUUGUUAUGCGAAAAGGCUCCCGCAAACAUCAGUAUCGGAUCGGCAUGUUGGAUGGCAUCGAUUGCGCAAUCUCUAGGUUGGUACAUCCUGGAGGUGCCCUUCUUUGAACAUCAUGCUCUUCACUCCAAUUAUUGCCAGUCGGUCCUCAGAUUCUUUCGGCGAUACAACGAGGAACUUCAAUCUCCCAGCAAAGUGUUGGAUGCCGGUGCCACCAAGGACCUCAUCCAGCAAUUAGCAUCUCUUCUCGGUGAGCUUUGCCGUUGGGAUGAUUCAAUAGCCUCGGAUCUUGCUGAGGAACUCCUCAAUUUCAACGAUCCAAGUUCUCCCACUGUCGCCUCCGCGAGCCUAGAAGCAGUUACGCCGUUAGAUCGCUUCCUGCAAGAUCCCAAUAAUUUUCCCUCUCUAGUCAGCAACGCAUGGAAAUUUAAGUUGCUCAAAAAGUAUGUCGUCAAGGGCCGAAUGGAAUUACGAGUCACCAGCAUCAGCACUAUGGACGAGGCAUUGGUCGGUAUCUGGCGUGAAUAUCACAACUCGGAACUGCAUACAUACCAUCCUGUGAUGCAGUAUCUAGCCGAAUACCUGCUUCAUCAACGAGUAAUUGAUUACAUCAUCAGCGUCGAUUCCCAUCCCCAAAUCAUAUCUCGGAGCGGGAAUAUUGUUGGCUUUCUUGUUGUGACCCAUCGAUACUCGGAGGACCAGACCGACGCGAUUUGGAACACCCUUACCCACAGUCAGGAUCCACGUGUUGUCUCGGCGACUCUAAAAAUGCUCCAUGGCGUUACCAACCUUAUGAAUUCAACAGAACUUUUAUACUUCUGUGCCAAGCUAUAUGCCCUUCCAAUAGAAGGCUUCACACCUGAAUUGCUACGAUUCCUGCGAGACUUAACGCAGAAGGCUCAGCAGAAGCCCGUCGAUUGGUCGAGUACCGAUUUGAAAGCACGCCCGUGGAAUGUGUGUGUACGGGUGAUGCAAGAUACUUCUCCGAGCCGAGACAGCUCAAAGGUGGGUAACGUGUUGCACACCGAAGCGUGUGAUCAACUACAGUGCAUCUUGCCCCUUGUCGGUUUCGAAGAGCGCCUUCAAAUAUGCGACGACUGUGCUAUACAUAUUGCAGAAAAGACAGCAAAAGCGACCGGGAGCGUGCGCGCCAUCUUUCUACUGUGCACAGGCGGUAUUCCCUAUGACCUUGGGCUCAUCCAAAAUCGGCGCGAUAUCAUUCAGGACCGCCCGAACAUCACUCGGUACAUUCUUGAAGAGUUAUGUUCUUUUGUUGAGACGGAAACCCCUCGUGGCUUCCACCAGGCCUAUCUGAUAGCUUUAGACUGCCGGCUAGCUAUGCUCCGUGAGAUUUUGAUUCGCUCUCCUGGCUCGAUCCCCUCUGAUCUAUACAUCGAUAUUUGGGAUCAUAUUGUGGGCAAAAAUGCACUCAAUAGCCAUUUCCGAGAUCUUGCCUGGGCAAAGCUGGUCGACGUCUCCAAGCGGAAACCCCGGCUUGGAUGCGGCUUCCUGGACCAGCUAAUGUCGGAGUAUGUUCCAACCCUCCAACCAGAUUAUUUCACUCCUGGACUCUUCGAUUUUGUACGCUCUUACGGCUUUCAAGCAACCAGGGAACAUAUCGCGACAGCUGAUGGGGAGAAGGAGAUACUUCAAAUCCGUGGCGUGGACCUUUUAUGGCGCAUGAUCAUCACUGCCCCUGCAAAUACCAUCGAGGAUCUUGCGGCGAAUGAGAUGGCUUCACUCUAUGUCGACCUAGAUAUCAGCCACGCAUUCACAUUGGAAGAGAUCGAGGAGGCGCAUAUCGCUCUCGUUGAGAAAUGCACUAAAGAGCUCCUUUCCGCAUAUAAAGGCCUCCGACAGGCAAGCAGAUCGGUGACGGGGUUGGGCGACGCCAUGGAUGUCAUUCCCUCUGACGAAGACCUACGGCGUACGGAAUUGCGCUUCAGCAGAAUCCUUCUCUUCGUAAAGCUGCUGCUGAACUUGAUCCGCACCAAACCUCAAUUUGCCCGCACUCAAAGAGCGGAUUCCAAGGUUGAUCCGCUUGAGCAAGAAAUAUCCUCCGGCAGCGCUAUGGAGAUCACAUACACAGUGACAGGGAAGAACGAGAAACAAGUCAUAUUCAUAGGCUCUGAAAACAAAUUACGCGAUCUGUAUGCACGACUAUGCCACAUCACCGGCUUCACCAAGAUCAACAUCUUUGCUGGUGGUCAGCGCCUCAGUUUCCCCACCAAUGCACACAGCAACUUGCUAGAUCUUGGAAUCAAGCCCAGAACACAUUUGCUCGUUCAGAAGGCUGCCGGGAGCGAUAUACUGCAGCCCAAUGUGGAAAGACCAACAAGCCAGUCCAAAUUCGAGUCGACCCUAACGGAACAUCUAGAUGAUUUGUUCGCUUGUAUGGAUUCAGAGGACUUUAUCAGUGCAAGCAUGUUUGACUUCCUGAUCUGUUUUCCGUACCGGGAACGAAUUUACCAGGAUGUCAUGGCUGAUGUCAGUGCAACACUCGUCUUUCCACCUGGGAAGUUGUUCCAAAUCAAAUACGCUGCAUUGGCGCUACAGUCUAGAUUGCGAGAGCAGCUCCGCAAGGGUGCACUCGACGAUACGUUCUUGCUCAGAGCUGUUCAAAAAGUAGUGGGGGCUUUUUUGAACCCAGACUUGUUCCACCACCCAUUGUCGAACCCUCGUGAGACGCAUGUUGCCGGUGUACUCGCAAUGGUUCUCGUGGAACUACUCAAAGAACGACCUACACAUGCCAUUUCCUCGGCAUAUUUUGCUGAUGCUUCAGCCCUCGUAGCACGUUUGACGGAAAUCAUCAGCGCCGGUGUCGACGCAGACCAUGACAGCUCUAUGACUAUAGUGCAAUCUUAUGCUGCGCUUCUUGAGGCUUCUUUACAUUCAAAAGCUAUUUGGGAUGCUUUCGUUGGAAGCCCAGACAGUUCAACGUUACAUAAGGAUCUGCUGCUUAUUUACAACAGGAAGCAGGUUCGAGAGAACAUCGUCCAAGUGAUCGCAUCCGUAUGUGGCGGCGAUUUGCCAUCAAGUUCUCCCCUUACUCGAGCCGAGACCUCCAAGCAAUUCUGGAAUCUCGUUUCUGCCGUACUUCCCUCCUCUGUUGAUUACCCCAAGCAAUCGGAACAGCUAUUCGACAUUGCGGACCAGGUGUUCCGGAGCCAUGACGAAUAUAGCCGCAAUGAAGAGUCUUUGAGAUCGUCAUUGACCUCUUGGAGUGAUUUGUUACUGCAGUACAGGCAUGAAGAGUUCGUUGGUCGCGAUGAGGUCGAUCCCGUCGUUCUAGGGUUCACCAAGCUUCUAUUUGGCUGUAUUUCGUCACUCAAGUCCUUCAAGAAGCCUUUGAACUCGGGCACCUUGAUGGAAAGGAUCUUCCGCAAAUUUCUUUUCACCCCUAAGGUCCAUGAAAUAGACGACUCGGGUGUGUUGCUUCAAGAUCUCCCAGUCCUUGAAAGCCAUACAAGGCAAGCGCUCUACGAACUCAUCGUUGCUUUAGCCGAGGAUCGGCACACCUUUGGCACGCUGCUUGAUCUUGUGGAGAGCCUUACAAGUGACGAGGAGUCCAUGUCUCUCCGGUCGUAUUGCAUUGACCGCCAGAACGAAAUCCGAUCCAGUACAGGCUACGUCGGGCUCGUCAACCCCCGCGCCAUCUGCUAUAUGAACUCCCUUCUCACACAACUUUUCAUGAACAUCAAUUUUCGAAGAUUUAUGCUCAGCCUACAGGUUGCUGAUGAGGGUGCAUCCCAGCGCCUAUUGUUUGAAACGCAGAGACUUUUCGCUAUAAUGCAGGAUACUUUCCGCAAAUCUGCCGAUCCUCGGGAAUUUGCCUCAUGUGUGAAGGGUUUGGACAGCCAGCCAAUCGACAUCAACAUCCAAAUGGACGCUGACGAGUUCUACAAUUUGUUGUUCGAUCAAUGGGAAGCUCAGAUGCUUUCGCCUGAAACAAAGCAGAAAUUCCGUUCCUUUUAUGGUGGUCGAACUGUCAACCAAAUCAAGUCAAAGGAGUGUGAGCACGUUUCAGAGAGAAUUGAGACUUUUUUCGUCGUCCAGUGCGACGUUCAAGGCAAAUCGAACCUACAAGAGAGCCUUCAGGCCUUCGUAGAGGGCGACGUUAUGGAAGGAGACAACAAAUACAAAUGUGAAUCAUGCAAUGGCAAAUUUGUAGACGCCAUUAAACGCACAUGCCUAAAGGAUGUUCCAGACAAUCUCAUAUUCCACCUAAAGCGCUUUGAUUUCGAUUUAGUGGACAUGAGAAGAACGAAAAUCAAUGACCAUUUCGCCUUCCCAGACUUCAUUGACGUUAGCCAUUAUAACGUCGAUUAUCUGAGCGAUCCCUCUACCCCACCAAAUGAGGAUAUAUUCGAGCUUGUGGGUGUACUUGUUCACACCGGCACCUCUGAAAAUGGGCAUUACUACUCCUACAUCCGCGAACGUCCUUGUCCUACAAGUCGCUUACCUACCUGGGUAGAGUUCAAUGAUCGCGACGUAGAUACUUUUGAUCACCAAACACUACCCUACCAUGCCUUUGGUGGGCUUUUCGAAGAUCAAUACCAACGUCAACAGAAACAAUUCAGCGCUUACAUGUUGUUCUACCAACGGAGAACGGCAAUUGACAGAGACCACCAGGAAUUUGUUAGUACUUCCGUGAGCAGCUCUCUGAAAGCUCCAGUUUCUCCGCAGCUAGAAUCAGAAAUCAGUUCUGAUAACGAGGUAUUCGUCCGAGAAUACAGUCUUCAUGAUCCAAAUCAUUCGAAGUUCGUCCGGCAGAUGAUGGGUAUUCUACGCACAGUCAACAACGGCAUUUGCUCGACCGAUCACCAACAGGAACGCAGAACAAUCCACGUUGUGCUGGAACAUCUUUCCCAAACAAUAUGCCGGCAGCGGUUUAUGGAACAAUUUGACGAAACAAUGACUCAAUUACGAAAAUUGUCUUUGUCCUGCCCUAAUUGCUGUCAUGCUACACUGAAGUGGUUCGCUUCACAUGACUUUGCUCUCACAAGUCUUCUUCUUCGAUGCCCCCAUCUCAAAGUUCGAUCACAUAUGCGUGCUUUUGUGAUAGAAAGCCUUCAGUUCCUCCGAGAGAGAGAUCCAGUACUCUAUGGAAUCGAAAACAUCGACACGGACAGCGACACUGGCAGUACAGUUCCCGUUGAUGGCGCCCUCAACGAAAUUGUCCAAAGAUUACGAUUAGUUGCCGAAGAGACGUGGUACAGCGCUCGUGGCUGGGAUGACUUCUAUCUGACAAUGUGUCAAAUAGUUGAUUUAGGCUAUGUGGAAACCGCUGUGGUGCUCAAUCACGCUUUCCUAGAGUUCUGUCUAAAGAUCCUUAGCAUGCAUGCCCACGCUCAAUUCCGGGCUGCUGACCCAGAUCUCUGGCGCCUUGUCGAGAAGAAGAAGAACAUCUAUAACCGCCUUAUCGAGUUAGUCCAUGCCCUACUGUCGAAAAUGGAUGCCUGCGCACCAACGGUAGGGACCUCGGCACAGGCUGUUGAUCGCUUGGAGAGCUACGAUCGCAGCACUUCAAAAUUCCCCUUGUCAAGCUUUGAGCAAAGCACGCUACUCAUGUGGGAUGAAAAGAAUCGGGCAAUAGCGGCCUUGGAUCGAAUGCUAGAGAAUUUCGACCGUACAAAGACGGAUGUGUUCUAUCCCGGUGAAGUCCUCAGGUGGAUGCUGAGGCUACCAGAUCAACGAACACAGCGCUUCCUCUUCUGCACCAUCAAAGAAGGAAUCGCUGGUCUCGCACCUCCAUACUCCGAUUGUUAUGUUCGAGCCGCUCUUUUCUACUGUGAAGCAUGUCCCAACCCGGACCUGGUUGAAAAAAUGACCGAGGCCGUUGUUACUUCGGCCACUACUUUACGAGAAGCUGGUGGUGAGGUACACCUCCAAUUCUUCGCGGGACUGCUCUCGAUUCAAAACGACGCUACCAUUGAUCAAGACGGGCCAGACGCAUUCUUCGACACUUGUCUACAGAGAUCCCGUUUCUACGCAAUCCCUUUACUCCUUUUCGACGAUGACGUUGUCCGUCGAGAAACAUUACUACAUCUCGACAAACUGUUUUGCAAAACAAAGCCAGAUGAUGCUUGCAGUUUCCAAACGCUGAAGUCCAAGUACACAUCUGCGCGAAAAUUAGUAGAAGGCAUGAGUAAGCGGAUUGUCAAUGAACAUGAAAACAACUCGUCACGGGCAUAUAUGCAGCCAAUGAUUUCGGCCUGUCAGAUCUUAGUCAAUCUUCUCAUCCAGCUUCACUCCAGUUCGGACGAAAACACGAUGCAGCUGCAGGACAAUGUUCGCGAUACAACCUUAGUUCAGACCUGGCAACUUGAAGUGGAAUCUCGCGUGAGGAUAUGGGUUCUUGAUGAGGGUACGCCUAUAUCUACAGGCGGUGAGCGUAUUCCUUUUGGCACGGGAUCAUCCUCACGUACAGUUACUGACGUUGACUCAGAAGCCUACGAGCAUUCAGAUUAUGCCAGUGAUUCCGAUGAAGGUCCUGAUCUUGAAUCAUAAGGUAGCAGGAUCAAAUGUCAAGCCAAUACUUUAUUCUCAGCAAGCAUCACGCCGAGCUUCAUGCUCGUUCCAGGUGGCGAUAAAAACAAAGCUUUUUUUUUGCUACUUUCAAUCUGUCCGCCUACAUUGAGGCUGGGGAUGCGUUGUGAUGUCGAUUUCGUUCCAUUCACUAUGCUUCGGCUCUUCUUUCCUCGCAACUCUUUUGUUUUGUAUCGGGUGGCAUAGCGUCGGCGAUCAGGAUCUUUUGUUUUGCGAUAUUCCGAUACCAACACCCUCACAUGCUGCCGCCCUUAGUAUUCCUGCGCGAAUACACUGGGUUCCUAUGCCUGGGUAUCGCUGAUACACAUUGACCCCUGGUGAUGGCAUUACGUAUAUAAUGAAUUAUGACUACACAGAACUCAAUAU